GACAAUGAAUAAAGUAAUUAACAGUGUAUUAGAUUGAAGCCAAAAUCAUAUUACUGGAGAUUUAACUAUUUUAUUUAACAAUUUCUAUUGUUAUUAUUAUUAUUAGUAUUAUCAUCAUCAUGGGUGUACGAGGAUUAACAACCUACUUACAAAGUGAUCCACGAAAUUUUACUGAAUAUCAAUUACAUAAUACAACUGUGAUUAUUGAUGGAUUGAAUUUUUUAAAUUUUCUCUAUUUUGAUUCUGGAUUAUAUACACAAUUUAAUGGAGAAUAUUUAGCAUUCAGUGGAGUAAUUCAUCGUUUUAUCAAUACAUUAAAACGGUGUAAUAUAAACCCUAUUUUUGUUCUAGAUGGGUGUCAUGAUCAUUUCAAAUUGAAUACACAAAUGAAAAGAAAUUAUCAACGUAUGCAAACAUGUCGUCAAUUAUUAAAUUCUAUUAAACAUAAUCAAUUAUCAUCAACUCAUUCAUUAUAUAAUGUUCAAUUACUUCCACCAUUAACCAUUAUAACAUUUAUUCAAAUAUUAAAUCAAUUAAAUAUUCAUUAUAUUACAUGUGAUAGUGAAGCUGAUCAAAAUGUCAUGAAUUUAGGCAUAUAUUUUAAAUGUCCAAUUAUAAGUAAUGAUUCCGAUUUUUAUAUCACUAUCCCUAAUCAUAAUCAUAAUGAUAAUCCAAUGAAUAAUGAUGAUGAUGGUGUCUCAUUUCUACCUUUAUCAUUGAUAUCCUUUAAACCAAUAAUCAAUAUAAUCCCAUGUUAUUCUUGUCAAAAACAUAAUCAAUUAUGUAUGUAUAUAAAAUGUCAAAAAUUUUUAAUUAAUGGACCAGGUUUAAAAAAUUUAUCCAUUAAUCAACGUUCAUUAUUAGCUUGUUUAUUAGGGAAUGAUUAUAUUUCAUCAAAUCAAUUUAUUCAUAAAUUACCUAUAUCAUUUAAUGAUAAAACAAUCUUAUUCCAUCAUCAUAAUACUAUGACUAAACAAAUAAAAUUAAAACGUCGUAAAUUGAUUAUAUUACAAUUAAUUAAUUGGUUAUUACAAUUUAAUGAUAAUCAUAAUGAUACUAAUCUUGAUAAACCAAUUCAAUGUUUAUUAAAUAAAUAUCCUAAAUUACAACGUAAUCAAUUAUAUCAUCAAUUAAUGUAUAGUAUUCAUACUUAUCAUAUUCAUUCAAAUUUAUUCUAUUUACAUUUUAAUAAUGAUCUAAAAUUAUUUAAAAGGAUUCCUACAUUUGUAAAUAAAAAUAAUAUAAAAUCUGAUAUUGGUUGUACUAUUGGCAACAGUAGUAGUAGUAGUAGUAGUAGUCGUUGUAGUCGUAAUACAAUGAUGAAAUCUGUCACAAUUCAACAACAAUUAUCAUCAUUAAAUUCAUCAUAUUCUUCGGAAUAUGAUAAGGAAAUUGAUGAAAAUCAAAUAUUAACUAUUAAAGAAGAAGAUGAUGAUGUUGAUGCUGAAGAUGAUAGUCGUAAUACAAUGAUGAAAUCUGUCACAAUUCAACAACAAUUAUCACCAUUGAAUUCAUCAUAUUCUUCGGAAUAUGAUAAGGAAAUUGAUGAAAAUCAAAUAAUAACUAUUGAAGAACAAGAAAAAGGAGGAGAAAGAGGAGAAGAAGAAGAAAAUGAUAAUGAUUCUGAAGAUGAUAGUCGUAAUACAAUGAUGAAAUCUGUCACAAUUCAACAACAAUUAUCAUCAUUGAAUUCAUCAUAUUCUUCGGAAUAUGAUAAGGAAAUUGAUGAAAAUCAAAUAAUAACUAUUGAAGAACAAGAAAAAGGAGGAGAAAGAGGAGAAGAAGAAGAAAAUGAUAAUGAUUCUGAAGAUGAUAGUCGUAAUACAAUGAUAAAAUCUGUCACAAUUCAACAACAAUUAUCAUCAUUGAAUUCAUCAUAUUCUUCGGAAUAUGAUAGUGAAAUUGAUGAAAAUCAAAUAUUAACUAUUAAAGAAGAAGAUGAUGAUGUUGAUGCUGAAGAUGAUAGUCGUGAUACAAUGAUGAAAUCUGUCACAAUUCAACAACAAUUAUCACCAUUGAAUUCAUCAUGUUCUUCUGAAUAUGAUAGUGAAAUUGAUGAAAAUGAAAUGUUACCUACUAAAGAAGAAGAACAUGAUGAUGAUGAUGAUCAUGUUGACCGUAAUAACAAUAAUGAUGAUGGUGUUAAUGAACUGAAUGAAUAUAAUACUAAUGAAUCUAUUCAUAAUAAUAAUCAUAAUAAUUCAUAUAAAAUAACAACAUAUUGGCCUGUUGAAUUAUUAAAUUCAUUUAGAAAAUAUUUAAUUUUACCAAUAUUUUUAGAUAGUAUCUUAUCAUAUGGUACAAUAUGUCUAUGUUGUAUUGAAUCAUUAUAUCAUUAUUCAUCUAUCUAUUCUAAUACAAUAUAUCUUCGUACAUUAAUUUAUAAUUUAUUAUUAGGCAUUGAAUCAAAUUAUACAUUACGUUAUCCAAAUCAAUUAAUUGGUUUAAAUCAAUUAAAUAAUAAUAAUAAUAAUACUUUGUAUUAUAUUAUAGAAUAUGAUCGUAAAAAUGCAUUUCAUAUCAAAAAACGUAAAAUAUUUGUUGAACCAAUACACUUAUUAUCAUUAUGUAAUACUCCUCCUCCUCCUCCUCCUCCUACUACUACUACUACUACUACUACUACUAAUGAUAAUAAUAAUAGCAAUAAUAAUGAACUAAAUAUAAAAAGAGAUCCGCGUUUAAUAUUUCUUCAACAAUAUUUAAAUCUUGAUUAUCAUUUUAUGGAAUUACAUAAUGAUUGGUUAAUAUCUAUUGUAUUAAUUAAUGUAUUGAAUUAUAAAAGUCAAUCUAUACCACUUUAUACUACUACUAAUACUACUACUGAUACUACUAAUACUACUAGUAAUAUUGAUGAUAUCACUCAAUGUCCUAUCUCAUUGACAUUUGGUGCUAUAUGUAUAUGUACAUAUUUAUUAACCAUACAUUCUAAUCAUCAUUUAUCAUUCUAUAAAUUAUUAAAUAAACAUUAUUAUAAAUGUGCAAAUUAUUUUCUAAAACAUAUAAAAUCUUUGAUAAAUAAUAAAAAAAUUGUUAAUAAAAAACAAUUAAAUAAAUUAAAUAUUAAUUAUGUACAUAGAUAUGGUCAAUUACAAAUAAUUUAUAUGACAUUAUAUACAUUAAUUCAUUUAUUAGAUACCAUAGUAACAAUCAAUCAAAAAAAUCAAUUAAAAACUUGUUUAAAUUUUUUAUCGAUUUAUUUUAUGUUUCCAAGUGGUUAUCUUUUUCAUAAUAUAUGUCAUUGUAUUAGUUUCAUUCCAUCCAAUAAUAAUAAUAAUAAUAAUAAUAAUAAUGAUAGUAAUGAACGUUAUCAUUAUGUACGUAAUGUAAUUAUCAAAGAAUUAUUAAAUUAUAAUCAUCAUACUAAUCAAUAUUUAAAUGAUGCAUUUAAUUUAUUUGAUCAAUAUUUACAAAUGUGUAAUAGUAAUCCAUUCAAUCAUGUAUUGAAUAAAUCUUUGAAAAAAUUCAAUUUUAUAAAUCAUUCAAAAUCAUUAAAAGAGAAUGUAAUCAAACAAGAUUUAUUGCCCAUAGCAACAACAACAACACCAUCACCACCACCACCACCAACAACAACAACAAAUAAACCAAUUCAAAUGAAAAUGAAAAAAAUAAAGAAAAAAUGUAAAUUAUCAAAAAAUAAUAAUAAACAAUGUAAACAAUUAUCCUAUGCUGAAAUAGAAGAAAAAGUUAGAAAAUUAAUGUUAGAAAAUGGUUUAUUAGAUUAAAGAUAAAAAGUAAGGAGAGAUUUUUUAUCAUCUGUGUAUUGUAAAUAGUAUUUUUUUUUAAAAAAAAUACAUGGUAUUUAUUGAAGAAUUCUUUUAGUGUUCUAUUCUACAUUAAUGAAGUCGAUAUCAGAUGUUUGUUUAGUCUAAGAUAAUGAAUGAUACAAACAAGGACUUACUUUACUUAUUUACUUAGGCCUCUUACUCCCAAUGGUGCCCCUAAAUGCCCUGGUACUGCCGAGAGUAUGGAGAGUCCGCUCUCCCUCUCGA